GCCACCGACCACUGGGCCUCAGCCUCCGAGGCACUCGGAGCCUUCGUUCUUGCCAGGCGGAAAGCACCAGGUGCUGGAAUAGGAAUGGCGCCAGCAGGCAGAGUGAAUGGGUGGACCGUGGGCGGACUGCACAGGAAGUACCCAGGUAGCCGCCGUGGAGCUAUCCACAGCUCACUCUGGCCCCAGGGGAAAAAUGGCGUGGUCCCGCCCACCAGUGCUUGAUGCGGACCACAGAGCUCUUAGAGCCCAGGACGCUCCUCCCUGACCUGUCUGUGCACAGCUGCAGCUCCAGCACCGUCACGCUUGGAAGGGGACUUGCACUACUGAGCACAGUAGUCAGGCGCAUCCCCGAGCCAUGCAACAACUGUGCGGGAUGUGUUGGAAUACAUUCAGGUUGUCCGGAAAAAGUUGGGCUCCUCUUCCUGGAAUAAGGCAGGAUGCCAUCAUAGGUCCAUCCAGCAGCAGGGAAAGUACUGAGUAUAAAAUGAGAGAAGCCUGCAGGUCUUGGGAGAUUUUGUUGCAUCCUCCAGUGACUCUGUGAGAUGGGCUCUCCGUGAACCCACUGGAAAGAGAAGCUGUGGGCAGAUCUCAGAACCUGCCCGUAUUCACAGCAGCUAGGCAGUGGUGGAGCUGGGCUGAGCCCAGAAACGUGAUGCUGGAGGCCCAGCUCUUCACCCUACUCAGGACCUUAGUGUGCAGGCGCCCUAGGAAAUCUGACCCACGGACCUUAUGCCUCAUCUUGUCUGUGCCUGAGGGAGCCCCACCAGCAGAGCUGGGAACCAGGCAGGCCAUGCAUUCAGCCUGUCCCUUUCCAUGCCCGGUGUCCCCCAAACUCUGCCCAGGAACCCCUCAGUGGGGAGAGGAGAAGGAAAGGAGUUCUGUGCCAAGGAGGGUUGGCUUCAAGGAGGGGAGGCCCCUGGGACUGCCAGGAGGAGGACAAGGCAGAUCCCCAUGGGCCCUGGUCCUAGGGGGAGACCAACUCGCUGGCCAGGGAGCAGGCAGCCCCUGCAGCCCCGUGUGACAGCAGUGCUCUCAGAGGGACAGCGGGUCUGGUCAUGGCAGGGAGGAGCUCAGCGUGUGGACCAGGAGCCCUCCCUGGGCUGCUGCUCAGGGUCUCUGCAGUGGUGCAUCUGUCACUGUGUCACCGAUGGCGGGCCUUCCUCUUUGCCUCAGUCUGUUUCCUCUGCUAGCACAAACUGCCAUGGGCACGUGGCUUUGCAACAGCAGCAUACCUCUCACAGGUCUGGAGGCUGGCAAGUGCUGGGUCAUAGCUCAGGGUGACCUGGGGUCUGGUGAAGGCCCCUUUCCUGCUGCAUGGACGGCCGUCUUCGCUGAGCGUCCACGUGGGGAAGGCCCGAGAUCUUUCUCAGGUCUUUUACUGGUGACGCACAUGUCAUUCUUGAGGACUCAUCCAUCAUGGCUGACUUGCAGAUACCGCUUGGUAAAGCGCCAACUUGCAGAUACAUCCCAGGAGGCAGUGAUUUCCAGUGAACGUGGGGUUGCGGGUACACAUUCAUACUGCGGCAUUCAUCAGGGAGGAGGGCUCAGGAUUUCUUCUGGGGGUCUGCCUUCCACUGUGACUCAAGGUGGCCAUACUGUGGAUGCAGCGUCUCUCAUCUGUAACUGCCCAGGCACACUCGCCUUGUGUGCUCCAGAACCACCUGAAACACCAGGGUUUCCCAGAAUCUGCUCCUACUUUCUUAGACUCUGGUUGACACCUGUGCUGUUGUUCUUACUUGGUGCUGCUGGCAUUAAUUAGGCCAGAUGCCCCUGAAAGAAAAGGGGAGGCCCACCUAGGAGGCAGUGUGGGGCAGGGGUAUUGUCUUCCUCCCUAAAGACAGGCUGCUCCCUGCCAGAGUGCAGGAAAAUCUGGAUGAGGGAGAGGGAGUUUCCAGAGACGAGGGCAGCGCCCCUGUCGGUGUUGGGAACCAGGCAGAGUGGUGACUGGAUCCUCCGUGCACAUCCCACUGCAGUGGUUGUGUCACCAAAUAUUCAGACUCCUGGGAGAUUGUGACUGCACACCUGCCGGGAAUAAUGUUAGGGGGAAGCAUGGGCCUUGGUAUCAAGCAGUAUUAGGUCAGCAAGCAAUUAGAACUUUUAAAUAAGGACACAAUCAAUAUUUGUGUACAUUGGAAUCGGUAAUGACCCAGCACAUAAAUAUUUUAUCAUAGUUGAGGGAAGUAAAAAGUAUGCUUGAGAGAUGGAGGUGGGAGCUACAGACUGUUCUUUAUGGAAAGGGGCAAAGAUUCCCUUGCCGUUUGUAAAUUUCAUUUUGCUUCUUCAACACUAGGGAGCAAGAAAAACAAGUCUCAUCGAGCCACCUUAAAUAAACAGUAUAUAAAGAGUAAGAUGUUUUUAUUGCUGUUUGUAUAAAAUCCACACUUCUUAUCGUGGCUCCAAGGCCCUCUAGGACCAGGCCCCUCCUUGCUUGUGUCCUUGUUUCAUCUCUGGCUAGGCCUCCUGCUUGUUUGCUCUCCUCCCAUGGUACUUGUAGAGUCUGGGUACAUUCCUUUCCCUCUGCCUGGGGCACUGUGCUGCCCAUCCCCCUUCUCCCACACACUGUCACUGAAGGGGCCCUGUUUCCUGCAGUUCUUCAGGAACUUUCCCAGGCUGGCUGCUGUUUGAUGCAUUCUGUCAGUGGUCCUGGUGUCAUGACACUCAUGUUCUCUUGGGAUGCCCCAUGGGGAUAUGGACCCUGUCUGCCUGGCUUAGCACCAUCUCUUUGACAGUACAUGGCUCAAGGUGGGUUUUAAUAAGGUGGGGCUUAAUUCUCUGCUGUGGACUGGGAUAGCAGUGGAGGAUUGCCCAAGUACUUGGGCCCCUGCACCCACGUGGGUGACCCAAAAUAGGCUCCUGGCUCUUGCCUUUGGAUCAGUGCAGCUCUGGCUGUUGCAGCCAUUUGGGGAGUGAACCAGUGGAUGGAAGACCUCUCUCUCUUUCUCUCUUUCUCUCUCUUUCUCUCUGCCUCUCAAUGCUCUGUGUAACUCUGACUUUCAAAUAAAUAAAUAAAUCAUUAAAAAAAAAUAAGGGGGAGCUUAGCAAGGUGUUGCAAGCCUCAUGAACAGGAGAAGUUUGAAGAUCUCUCUCUUUCAAGCCUGCUGUUCUCCAGGCUAUAUAUGUGCAUGCAAAUGCAGACUUACUGCAGGCUGCAUCCCAGAGUGUGUGUUUGUGUUGUGUGUUUUACAGCCUCUAGAGGGAGGGAGCUCAGAGGGGACAACUCAAAGGGAACCUUUCUUGCCAGUAAAUGACACUGUCUAGGCACUGGCUAUACAACUUCUAAACACAAGGCAGGAGCUGGCCAGGCUGUGCUAUUGAGACAAGAUGGCAAUAGAUUGGAGGUGUUUUAUCCCAGCUCUGCAAGUAAUUUUUGACACAUGACCUAGAGAAAUUUAUUUCUUGGUUUUUCCUCACAGUCUGUGCAUAUGAAAAUAUGAAUUUACCUUAGCAACAAGAUCAAAUAAUAAUAAUUAAGAGAAAGAGUAAGAAGUAAAACCUCUUUCGUUUUCAGGUGCAGAAUUAAAGUGUUCUGUGUGGUUGGUUGGGGAGCAGUAGUGCCUAGACUGGGGUGUUGCUGUCUAGGGGCAUCCAUGCAUGUAGUUCCUGGCACUGGGUGCAGAUCCUGAGUAGAGUAAGAGGGUGUCUGCCCAGACUGCUCAGCUGUGGACUGUGGGUGGCUAGUGCAAGGUUUGGCUGAAGCUGCCAGUUGGAGGUAUUUGCACUGGGAUGUAGAACCUAGUAUCUCCUGGGGCUGUUUGCACCAUCCCAACUGUGCCUACAGUGUCCACAUCCCUCUUCCUCUGCUACAGCCUCUGGAGAUGUGCAGGGGCAGGAGCCCCUGACCCUGUCUGUGCUGGCCGUGGCACUGCCCUCCAGGACAGAAGUAGGCACUGGGAGAAAGUUUGUUCCUGCUCAUCCAGUGAAUGCAAUACCCCUGUGGGUAAGAUUCCUGGACUGCAGCUCAGUCCAUAUUCCUGAGUCCCCCAGAUCUAUGCACUGCAAGGAGAUGAAGCCGUGGCCCUUCUCCAAGCUCCCCAGGCCAAGAAAGAAGCUGCCCUGAAGGUGGGCCCUGUUGCUGCUGUACCUCCCUGACCUUCAGAAUCCACAUUGCCCCUCAUGGAACUCAGCUGAUGCCUGCCAGCCUCCUAACUGGUCCUGUGUACCUCCCCACCGAGUUCCACACACUGCCUGUGGUGUAGGGCAUUGUGUCAGAAGGGCAACUGUGAAGCGCUGUGUGUUUUUGUGACACCAAUACUUUCUCCUGGUUUUGCCUUGACCCAGAUCGUGUUAAAUUUGUUCUGUUAUGGAAAUUGAUUUCCACCCAACCACACUUACAAACUGAAAGUUGAUUUUGUUUAAUGUUUAUAAGACCCAAGUCUUAUUGUUCUCAUUUAAUAUAAAGUUUCAUAAAAAAAAGAGGCAUAGCUUCAGAUAGAACGUGUAUAGGGACAAGGCAGCCUCCUGUGCAGCAUUGGACCUCACAUGCAGGAGGAAGGGGUCCAUUUGCUGAUGAGCAGGGUAUUUUAGUGGUCCUGAAAUAGCACCCUUCUAGAAGGUGGUUAGUGGGCCUGGGUAGGUUGUGGACAUGUGAGCAGUUUUAGAUCACUAAGUCCAAAUCUCAUCUUCCAGGUUGUAAAGACAAAUCCAUCAAAGUAAACAGAGAGGCUAUGCCUUUGUCCUACUUUAUUGAACAGUUUGCUUCAUUUGCAGAUUUUAAAUAUUUAAACCCCCGGUGGUAGGCUGUCAUGAGUUCUCUUCCUGGGACCCUGCACACGUUGGACACACCUGUUGAAAAUCCUCCUGUUCAUCUUUGUUUAGUGCCUUAUCUUCAUGAAAGUACACACUGGGAGAAUGUAGUUUAGAAAAGCCCUACAGGCUUAUUUUUUCUCUUUCAUCACAGUAUUGUUAAUGGCUGGUCAAUAUUUUAUCUGCCAAGUUGGCACAGGACUAAAUCAGCAAUGGGAACAAGUAGCACAUGCCAAGCCGUGACUUUGAGAGCCAGAGGCCAAUGGCUAGAGAUGACCUGACCUACAUAGGCCAUACCUGGUUCCCUUUUGUAUCUCAGGACGAGUGCUUUGUAGCUGCUGUACUCUAUCCACAGUGAACCUAGCUGCUGUUGUUCUCCGUGACCUUCCAAGCCAUUUGCCUUGUUCUAUGAAAACUCUCUCGCCUUUCUUGCCCUUUCUUCUUCCCUCCUUGCUUUUUGACCCAGGACCCAGACAUUUAUCCCCUGAAAAAGAGGGCCGAGAGCCCUUUGGUAAGGUCUGCGGCUUCCUCCUGCCUCCUCCUUCCCUGCUCCCCCCACAGAGCAGCCCCUGCUCUUACUGCCCAGAGGAAGCGGCCUUCUGCAGAAACUGAACAAAGAUGGGGAAGUACAAAUGUCACAUGAAGUUUUUUUUAAGAUUUAUUUUAUUUAUUUGAAAGUCAGAGUUACAGAGAGGGAAAGGCAGAGAGACAGAAGUCUUCCAUUUGCUGGUUCAUUCCCUAAAUGACUGCAACAGCCAGAGCUGAGCUAGUCCAAAGCCAGGAACCAGGAGCUUCUUCCAGGUCUCCCACAUGGGUGCCGGGGCCCAAGGACCUGGACCAUCUUCUACUGCUUUCCCAGGCCAUAGCAGAGAGCUGGAUCAGAAGAGGAGCAGCCAAGACACGAACCUGUGCCCAUAUGGGAAGCCGGCACCACAGGCCAGAGCAUUAACCUGCUGUGCUACAGUGCCAGCCACACAUGAAGAUGUUUUACACAUAAGGAAGAGCGUGACUGCAGUGUGCAGUGAGAAAGAACUCAUCGUCUGGUGGGGCAUUUUUCCUGCCACACCCACACAGUGAUGACAGUGUCAGCACUUGUGUCCUCUCUGAUUACAAAGAGUUAACACAGAGAGAUCCUGGCUGCUGCAGAGUCCCAUUCAUGUGAAAAGGACAGUUUGGAGGCAGGACAUACAAGUACGCAGAAGGGCAGAGGCCCCUUCAAGUUCCAAGGAUCUAGAAUUUUUGGGAGAGUUUGGGAGUAGGGAUGCUCAGGUGAACAGGAAAAGUUUUCCUUUUUUGUCUUAUCAGAGUUUCAAUUCUGGCAUAGCCCUGAGCUGAGCUUGAACUUGACACCUUAUCUGUAACCUGGAUUUAUAUCAAUUUUUAUCACAAAAAUUACAAAUCAAGAUUUUAGAAUGUGUAUUAGCUCUGUUUAGAUGAAUACAAAAGACUGAAAGGGAUGCCUUUUCACUGGCAACACACACAUACAUACACACACACUGACCUGUACCUUGUUCUUUUGUUGGAUCUCCCGUUUAGUUACCAGGCUAGGGUGAAAGAAGUAUAGAUUCAGAAACCACAGCUAAUGGAAGGUGAGCCCUUCUGGUUUAUAGUAGGAACAUGGUGUGAGGGGUCUGGAGACUGUUUCUUCACAGAGGGUGAGAGUGAUGAACACACAGCGACUGUGGAGAACUUUGUGUCUCAGCAGUGGAGAGGAUGAGCCACUGACAGAGCAGGGAGGCAGGGCCGAUCAUUCCUGCUCUAAGCUGUCGUCCUGCCGGGGGGCCAGAAGCAGCUGUCACCACUGAGUGUAACAGAGCCUGCACCUGGUGGCAAAGCUUAACUGUCCUCCUCAUGCCGUGAGAUAUCCUCAUACAGCUCCUCAUUGAAUAAAUGUCACAAAACGUUUCAUGUUUUCCGUAGGAGCCCAGGGAGAAGGGAGGUGUUACCCUCAUCCCGGCGUUGGGGAAAGUGUACAUACAUAGUGCAUACUGCUCCUCAUCCCGAGAGUGAAGCAAGCCAGUUCCUGUGUGUUUCCUCCAGGUUUUUUGUAAAUCAUUACAAAAAGGGCUUUUCUGUGAGAUGCUUAAAGAAAAACUUUUAAAAUUGCCAUUGUUGUUGCAGAUGACUUCAAGAAUAGACUGUUUUUCCUAGCCACCCUCUUUUGCUCCUGUGACCAGCUGCACAUGGAUUCCCAUCACAAAGACUCUGAACAGGCAUUUAGUAGGAUAUUCAAACACAGUCUUGGGUCACUUAAUCUCACAAACAUGCUCUGAGAAGUGUUUCCUUGGAUCAUUUUGUCACUGUACUAUUGUUGCAGAGUGUACUUACACAAACUUAGAUCCUAUAGCCUACUGCACACCCUGGCUCUGUGGUAUGCAUAGCUUUGUUCUUAAGCUAGAAAUGUUACUGUGGUAUUUGUGUAUCUUAACAUACCUAAACAUAGAACAUAGGGUUAAAAAGUGGCAUAAAGGAUACACAAUAGCACAUUUGUCAGGGCGCUUCCCGUGAAUGGAGCUUGUGGGACUGGCAUUUGUUCAUAGUGGUGAUUCAACGUGAAGACUUAGAACAUUACUGUCUAUUGUAGACUUUAUUAACACUGUGUACUUAGACUACUCUAUAAAAGAUUUUUCUUCAAAUAUUAAUCUUAGUUUGAUAUAACUUUUGUAAAUUCACGAGCAUUUUACUUUUUGACCCUCUUCUAAUAAUACCUGUUAAAACUCUUAACACAUUGUAGGUGAUGGAAAUUUUUCAGCUCCAUUGCAAUCUUACUGGAGCACUAUUGUGUGUUUGAUCUGUCAUUGACCAACAUUUUGUGACGUGAUGUAUUACUAUAAAUGUCACUUUUCUUCCUUAAUGACAGGUACCUGCUUUGCAUUGCACCUUUUUUUUUUUUAAUAUUUAUGUUAUUUAUUUGAAAGACAGAGUUACAGAGAGAGGUAGAGACAGAGAGAGAGGUCUUCCAUCCAUUGGUUCACUCUCCAGAUGGCCGCAACAGCCGGAGCUGCGCCGACCUGAAGCCAGGAGCCGGGAGCUUCCUCCAGGUCUCCCACACAGGUGCAGGGGCCCAAGGACUUGGGCCAUCUUCUACUGCCUUCCCAGGCCAUAGCAGAGAGCUGGAUCAGAAGAGGAGCAGCCUGGACACAAACCAGCGCCCAUAAGGGAUGCCGGCGCUUCAGGCCAGGGCGUUAACCUGCUGCGCCAUAGUGCCAGCCUCCCACAUUGCACCUUUUUGAGAGAAAUCCUCAGGGAAACAUGUUAGUGGAUUUUGAUUCCAUUGGAAAGAUCAGGUCCUGGCACUGUGGCAUAGUGGGUAAAGCUGCCACCUCUGACAUUGGCAUCUCAUAUGAGCACUGACUGCUCCACUUUCAAUCCAGCUUCCUGCUAAUAGUUUGGGAAAAGCAGUGGAAGGUGGCCCAAGUGCUUGGUCUCCUGCAUCCAUGUGGGAGACCUGAAAGGAGCUCUUGGUUUUGGCUUGGCCCAGCCCUGGCUGUUGUGGCUAUCUGGGGAGUGAACCAGUGGAUGGAAGAUAUUGUGCUCGCUCUCUCUCCCUCUAUUAAAUAUAAUAAAUCUUAAAAAAAAAGAUCAGCCAAAUCCAGAAGAAAAAACAUCUUAGAGGACAAGAGACUAUAUAAGGAGAAGGAAGAUUUUCCCCAAGCCAUCAUUAAUACUCUUUUUAAAAAAGAUUUUUUAUUUGAGAGGUAGAGUUACAGACAGUGAGAGGGAGAAAGAGAGAGAGAAAGGUCUUCCAUCCAUCCACUGGUUCACUCCCCAAAUGGCCUGGAUGGCUGGAGCUGGGCCAAUCCAAAGCCAGGAGCCAGGAGCUUCCUCUAGGUCUCCCACAUGAGUGCAGGGGCCCAAGCACUUAGGCCAUCUUCCACUGCUUUCCCAGGCCAUAGCAGAGAGCUGGAUUGGAAGUGGAGCAGCCUGGAUAUGAACCGGUGCCUACAUGAGAUGCUGACACCACAGGUGGAGGGUUAGCCUGCUAUGGCACAGUGCCAGCCCUGAUCAUUAAAGGAAUAAUAAAAAGUAUUGUAUCCAUUUGGGAAAAAAUAAAAGGAAAUGUCCAAAAAGAAUUUCAGAAAAUAAGUGUGAUAGCCAAUCUUAAAAACUCCAAAUGGGGUGAGAGUUUGUCCCUAAAGUUUAAGAUGGUGGUUAAGAUGUCCACAUGCCAUAUUAGAUUAUCUAGGUUUGACACCUGCCUCUGGCUCCUGAUCCCAGCAUCCUUCUAAUGCAGACCCUGGGAAACAGUGGUGAUUGCUCAAGUCAUUGGGUCUCUGCCACACAUGGCGGAUAUCUGGAUUGAAUUCCCCAUACUCAGAUUUAGCCCCAUUCAGGGCUAUUGCAGGUUUUUAGGGACUGAAUUAGUGGAUGGGAGUGAUCUCAUUCUCUGACUUCCUCUGGCUCUCAAGUUAAUUAAAAAAAAAAAAACAAUAGAAGCUUUUGCAGUUGAGAAAAUCUUUUUAGAAACCAAAGGGGUUUUAGAAACCAAAAAUAAGAAAGACUUUUUUUUUAAAUUAAAGGAUCAAUUCUGGAAAUAAGAGAGCACAAAAGAAAAUUGACAGAAGAAAAGGAAGUAAUCAUUAAAUAAAAAUUACUCAACAAGGGAAUGAAUGUUUCUAGAUUGAAAGGGUCCAUGAAAUGUCCUUGAGAAUGAUUGGAAAUGUACCCAUAUAAGAGCACAUCUUUAUGAAAUUUUGGGAAACUGAGGACAAGGAAAAUAUCUCAAAAACAUUUUUUUUCCUGAUGAGACUAAAACAAAACAGGCUUCUCCAAGAAGAUGGAAAUAAACCAACAAAGAGGAGCACAAAGCACCCAAAAAUAGAGAAUCCAACAAAGGAGAGAAGCAAGAAUGGUGCUAAAGAAAAUGCCCAGGAUGAGAGCCACACAGUAGGUUUACAGAGCAUUAGUCCAGAUGGGGGCAGCUGAAAGGAUCCAGGAGAGAUUCUUUCAAGAAAAUGAAAUUGGAUCACUAGGUUCCUAAAUCUGUAUAUAUGAAAUACGUAAAACUUGUAUACCAUAGAUAAAAAAGAAAAGAAAAUGAAAUUGGUAAAUGACCCAGUGGGAUCAAGUAUAUUGAGAAGAGAUGGAGACCACUGAUGGGGAGGUUGGACUGAAUUAAUGAUAGGAACACAGAAAAUGCUGAGAAAAUAAAAGACCGUUAUUGGAUCUGGAACAAACAAGAAAUUGUGCAAGAGAGAAAUCAUGGUUGUAUUACAUGACUCGUGUGAGCAAUAUUUACAGUCCUGGCAAUACAGUGAGUAUUGAUACAAUCAAGAUUACAACACAACUAUAUUGGGUGUACAGAGAAAGUGAAGCAUGCAAGUACCUGUGUGAAUGAAGAAGAAGAAGAAAUUCUCACCUUCCAUGGUAGGAAAAAAUAAAUAUGUAUUAAAGAACUGAAAUUAAUAAGUAGACAUAGAAGCAUAUCAUUUAUGGAGAGAAAUGCUUGAGUCAGCUAUGAAGAUUAGAAAGUGGUUGGCUCCAAGGAGCAGAAAUGGAUGAGGAGAGGAGGAUGGAGAACGCUAAUUUUUUUUUUUUCACAGGCAGUGUGGACAGUGAGAGAGAGAGACAGAGAGAAAGGUCUUCCUUUGCCGUUGGUUCACCCUCCAAUGGCCGCCGCAGCCGGCGCAGCGCACCGCACUGAUCCGAUGGCAGGAGCCAGGUACUUAUCCUGGUCUCCCAUGGGGUGCAGGGCCCAAGCACUUGGGCCAUCCUCCACUGCACUCCCUGGCCACAGCAGAGAGCUGGCCUGGAAAAGGGGCAACCGGGACAGAAUCCGGCGCCCCAACCGGGACUAGAACCCGGUGUGCUGGCGCCGCAAGGCGGAGGAUUAGCCUAGUGAGCCGCAGCGCCGGCCUUAGAACACUAUUUUUAAAACAUGCCUUAUAUCACCGUGGAUAUAAGGAGUCUUUAAGGAUUGGGGAGCUGUCAAACUCCGUACCACAGAAACGGUUUCCAAAAUUCCAACUUUUUUCUUGAAUGCUGACAUUAUAUCAUCGGAACAACUUUGCGAGUGUUUCCUUGAAGUAACAAUCUUUUUACCUUAACAAAAUUGAAGAAAAUGUCUGGUAAAUACCCGGUGUUUCCCAUCAGUCAUUGUUUCAAGUCAAAAUGACAUGAUGGGGAAAACGUGGUUAAUUGAGCUCGCAACUAAAAUGAUCACUUUAAUGCUUUUCCUCAAAACAACCAUAAUUCUUUAAUAGGUAGCAAAAAUGCAUCAAGUACACUUCCCAUUUCAUGACACAAAAGUUUAAAAAGUUGUUCUCAAGAGUAAAGAUUGGAUAUAAUUGAUGUUUACUUCUUUAAAAAAAACAUCUUAAAUGUAAUUGACUUGCUGUCUGAGUACACAGUAUUGAAGAUACAAUGACCACUGGCACAGUUUGGUGCUGCUGCCUUAAUUUCUGUUAAGGUUGUGGGGAGCAACUGGGAGCAACUCGGACUAGACUAAGUUACUGGAAUUAAGACUUAUUCUAUGCAUCUGCUCUCCCACAAUAUGGCGCUGGGAGAGGAGGAGACAGCUUCUAACCAGCUGCCUCUCACCAACUUGACAAGCUGCAGGAGCUGCUCCUGAUUGGAGGAGAGCAGUGUACUCGGCGUGUGGGUAGCAGAGUUGGGAUUGGUGGAAGAGGACUAUAAAGGAGGAGAGAGACAACAUGCACCAGGAACAUCUAAGGGGAACAUCUAUCUGAAGGAACACCUGUGCAGCCCCCGAGAGAGCCGGCCGGUGGUGUGCCGCUCCCCUGCGGAAGUGGGGAAAGUGGCUAGGGGGAACCGCCCUUCCACGGAGGUGGAAGGGAUGGUAGCCAACCCGGGAAGAACCAGCAGCAAACCCGGGGAGGGCUGAGCAGACGAAAGAACAGCGCAGGGUCCUGUGUCGUUCCUCCACGAAGACGGGGAGCGACAAAGGAUUCUCCAGUCUAGUUUUCUCCUAUGAAAUCACUAAGAACAAGAGCUGCUCUGGUCCCGAAGUGCUAUAAGCUGGUGCUGGACAACUUGAGGUCCGUGAACAAUUUCCUGAUGACUGGUCCAAAGGCAUACCUGAUCUACUCCAGCAGCGUGGCGGCUGGGGCCCAGAGCGGCAUUGAGGAAUGCAAGUACCAGUUUGCCUGGGACCGCUGGAACUGCCCGGAGCGCGCCCUGCAGCUGUCCAGCCAUGGCGGGCUGCGCAGUGCGAACCGCGAGACGGCGUUCGUGCACGCCAUCAGCUCCGCCGGCGUCAUGUACACCCUGACCAGGAACUGCAGCCUGGGCGAUUUUGACAACUGCGGCUGUGACGACUCCCGAAACGGGCAGCUGGGGGGCCAAGGCUGGCUUUGGGGAGGCUGCAGUGACAACGUGGGCUUCGGAGAGGCCAUUUCCAAGCAGUUCGUCGAUGCCCUGGAGACAGGACAGGACGCCCGGGCGGCCAUGAACCUGCACAACAACGAGGCCGGCCGCAAGGCGGUGAAGGGCACCAUGAAACGCACGUGCAAGUGCCACGGCGUGUCCGGCAGCUGCACCACGCAGACCUGCUGGCUGCAGCUGCCCGAGUUCCGCGAGGUGGGCGCGCACCUCAAAGAGAAGUACCACGCGGCGCUCAAGGUGGACCUGCUGCAGGGCGCCGGCAACAGCGCGGCCGGCCGCGGCGCCAUCGCCGACACCUUCCGCUCCAUCUCCACCCGGGAGCUCGUGCACCUGGAAGACUCCCCGGACUACUGCCUGGAGAACAAAACGCUAGGGCUGCUGGGCACCGAGGGCCGAGAGUGCCUGCGGCGGGGGCGGGCCCUGGGCCGCUGGGAGCGCCGCAGCUGCCGCCGGCUGUGCGGGGACUGCGGGCUGGCGGUGGAGGAGCGCCGCGCCGAGACCGUGUCCAGCUGCAACUGCAAGUUCCACUGGUGCUGCGCCGUCCGCUGCGAGCAGUGCCGCCGGCGCAUCACCAAGUACUUCUGCAGCCGCGCGGAGCGGCCGCGGGGGGGCGCUGCCCACAAGGCCGGGAGGAAGCCCUAGGCGGCUCCCCUCCCGCCGCCGCACCGUCUGUCCCUGGCAUCGUUUAGAGACCCCAGUAAUAGAGGAACCCAGGAGACGGGGACCCCGCACGCCCAAGCAUAGCAACCCGGAGAGGGAGAGACUCUGCCGUCUCCUGGGAGCUUGCCGGUUGCAACCAGUUUCCCCGGUUCCUCUGGGCUCUCCCAGAGCUGUCUGCGUUGACCUCACAGCCGCACUCGGGCCUGAGUUCUCCUUGUCCUAGGUUCUGAGCUAUUGCUGUUCCUGGGACGGGGAUGAGAACAGGCCCUCUUCCUCCCGGUUCCUGGCUGCCCGGCCGCCUGGCCUAGCCUUAGGAGGCGGAGCAACCCUCUCACGCGGGGCCCCGGUAAAGCUAUGGCUUUCCUCUUCGGCCGCUGUCUCCCACUAGGGCCCCCCACAGCUGCCUCUGCCUCGUGCGGAGCCCACCCCACGCUUUGGUUCUCUGGUGACUGCCGACUUAGACACCCGCGGAUCUGAUGCUUUCCCUCCCCUCUCUCCCCAUAGAGAAGCAGGGUAAGGUGGCCUUGGGCAGAGAGAGCCUCUAGGCCUGGCUUCUGGAGGCCGAGAGUGAGGGUGGGAGAAGGGGCAGGCCCCGCCCUGCCUUGCUCCUCACCCGCCUUGGCGCCACUGUGAAGGACUGACUUCCCUGGCCGGGCCCCCAGGGGACUCCAGACACCCCCAGAGGUCCGGGAACUAGGUAGGGGCAGACCGCUAGUCAUUCCCUGCCCUUUCUGGUUCCUUCUCCUUGCUUGUGACUUCCUCCCAGAGCAGCUGACUUUGCCUCUUCUUCCCCCGGCCAAGGCUGAGGUAAAUAAAGCCGAUUUCCCAGCCAGACCUCGCUCUGCACCUCUAAAGCCAGGUCCUAGGGAGGCAGCGCUAGGACGCUUCCUUGUGGCUACCCCGAUUUCCCAAACAGGCAGGACUCCGGACACUGGGCCUCUUCCUGUGCCAAGUUAACGUCCCACAAUGAAACUGUUAAUAGGAAGUUUAGCACCUUGAACUUUAAUUUAUUGCAAUCACUGUGAUGUGUGCCCUUCUUUCCCAGGGACUGAACUUGUUCUUGGGGACGUUGUGGGCAGGACGGGCUGGAGGACAGAAUCUCUGGGCUCUCUCCUCCCUCUGGCUUGGCAGGAAACCAUCCUCCCUAUAACCUGCUUCCCUGGUGGCCUACAAGGUUGUCCUGACUUGACUGAGGGUACUGUGCCAAGGAUUUCAGUAAAUCAUCCACUAAUACCAA